GAACGAAUUAGCUUGCAAAAUCUAGGGUUUUGCCGUUCCUCCUCUGAAAUCGAAGCUCCGCUCCAAUGGCUAAAAGAACGAAGAAGGUCGGGAUUGUUGGGAAAUAUGGAACGCGAUAUGGUGCUAGUUUGAGGAAGCAGAUCAAGAAGAUGGAAGUGAGUCAGCACAGCAAGUACUUCUGCGAGUUCUGCGGAAAGUACGCGGUGAAGAGAAAGGCAGUCGGAAUUUGGGGCUGCAAGGAUUGUGGCAAAGUGAAAGCUGGCGGUGCCUACACAUUGAACACUGCUAGUGCUGUGACGGUGCGGAGCACAAUCAGGAGAUUGAGGGAGCAGACCGAGAGUUAAAUUUUCUGUCUGGUUUUUUGUGUUCGGGGUUUUCAUUUUUCUGUUUUUUUUGGAAUAUUUAUUUUCGACUAAAGAACUCUAGACCUAUGCAUUUCAAUUUCGUGUAUUUUCUACAAUAUUUAACAGAUAUUUUCGAGGAAUAGUUUCUGUUUUGAUAUUUGUUCUACUUCCGGUUUUGUGGUUGCAAUACUUUCGAUUAGUUU